CAAAAUCCCAGACCAUUUUAGAAUUUUUUUUCAAACAAAACCGAGGCGGCGCUUUUGAAGUUCUAUUUACAAGUGCAACAAUUGUUUACAUUGGACCCAACCACGCAAGGCUACGAAGGGCAACGAACUAGGGACAAGGCAACUCAACUCCACGCGCUGAAGUGAACAGGAUGUCGGGGACCAUACUGGAGAACCUGAGCGGCCGCAAGCUGUCCAUAUUGGUGGCCAGCCUGCUGCUGUGUCAAGUGCUGUGCUUCCUGCUGGGCGGCCUCUACGCUCCCCUGCCGGCCGGCCAUGUGACCGUGCUGGGAUCGCUGUGUCGCGAGGAUCACACCCGUCAGAAUGACACCGGCUUCCUACUCUACUCUCGCGGUGCUGGCGCUUGCACUCCAGUCACGCGGGAGGAGGUGGAGAAGGAUCCCAUGAAGAUGGCCAACGAGCUGGUGCACGUUUUCCAGAUGCCACUGCCUCGCGAGCAACGCGACCUGGAUUACUCCCGCUGGCAGCAGAAUCUUAUCGGUGUGCUGCAGGUGGAGUUCGGCUACGACUCCUCGUCGGAGCUGCGCGAGCCGCCACGGGAACUGCAGUUGACCAUUGACAUCCGCCUAGCUUACCGUAACAAAGGGGACCCCGACAACGCUUGGAAGUUGUAUGCGCACGGAGUGGAGCACCGAUACCUGGACUGUGUCACCGAACAUGUGGGGUCCACGGAGACGCUAUAUUCCUGCGACAUGAUCCCGUUGUUUGAGCUGGGCGCUCUGCACCACAGCUUCUACCUGUUGAACUUGCGCUUUCCGCUCGACACGCCGCGGCAAAUGAAUUUGCAAUUUGGUCACAUGCACGAUCUCACGCUGACGGCGAUCCAUCAGAACGGAGGCUUCACCCAGAUCUGGCUAAUGCUGAAAACGCUGCUGUUCCCAUUUGUCGUGGGCAUCAUGAUCUGGUUCUGGAGACGCGUCCACCUGCUGCAGCGCUCGCCGGCGCUGCUGGAGUACAUGCUAAUCUAUCUUGGAGGUGCCCUGACCUUCCUCAACCUGCCGCUAGAGUACCUAUCGCUAGCCGUGGAGAUGCCUUAUAUGCUGCUGCUGAGCGACAUCCGCCAGGGAAUUUUCUACGCCAUGCUGCUCUCCUUCUGGCUGGUCUUCGCCGGCGAGCACAUGCUGAUCCAAGAUGCGCCUAAUAAAUCCACGAUCCGAUCGCGUUACUGGAAGCACCUCUCAGCAGUGGUGGUCGGCUGCAUUUCCCUGUUCGUCUUCGACAUCUGCGAGAGAGGCGUGCAGCUGCGCAACCCCUUUUACUCUAUCUGGACCACGCCGCUUGGCGCUAAGGUGGCCAUGACUUUCAUCGUUUUGGCUGGAGUGUCCGCGGCCAUCUACUUCCUCUUUUUGUGCUAUAUGAUCUGGAAAGUGUUUAGGAACAUUGGUGACAAACGCACCUCGCUGCCAUCCAUGUCCCAGGCCCGACGACUUCAUUAUGAGGGUCUCAUCUACCGAUUCAAAUUCCUGAUGCUGGCCACCUUGCUGUGCGCCGCUCUAACCGUAGCCGGUUUCAUAAUGGGCCAAAUGGCCGAGGGACAGUGGCAGUGGAACGACAGCGUGGAAAUCCAGCUGACAUCCGCCUUCUUGACCGGCGUCUACGGCAUGUGGAACAUCUACAUCUUCGCCCUGCUCAUCCUGUACGCCCCCAGCCACAAGCAGUGGCCGACAAUGCAUCACAGCGACGAGACCACGCAGUCCAAUGAGAACAUUGUAGCUUCUGCAGCCAGUGAGGAAAUCGAGUUCAGUCACCUGCCAUCCGAUUCCAAUCCCAGCGAAAUCUCGUCCCUGACCUCGUUCACCCGCAAGGUAGCCUUCGAUUAGGCGACGCUUUUCAGUUGGGUUGUGUGCCAAGCGGAAAUCCCGAUUUUGCCAGCACUGUAAGGCUCCAAGCAAAGACUUUAAUGUAGGGUCUCCCUUAUAAGGUCUUCGCUCCAAGAGUGUGCUCAUUUAAUUAGCAAUUUAGAUUUAGCCAGUAGCAUUGCAUCUCUUGCCUAGUUUUUUGACAACAGCGCGAUCAGCAUUAUUUACUUGUCCUUACUUAUAUAUUGUGUAGGUUCUCUCUCAGCAUGCUCAAAGUGUUUACAUCCAUUGUAUUUUAUCGGCAGUAUUAUCUAUUGAAGUCCAUUUUUCUAGCGCCUAAGUCUUUACAUAUUUAUAUUAACACAUUUUAAACAUAUAUUUACUUGCCUAUUAAGGUGGUUAAAUUUCUGGCCAAGAAUUGCGAGGAAUGCCUGUUGUGUCACAGAAGUAAUCGAUGUGUACUUAAAAUCCAUUUAAAUAGUGCACAAAAAUUAAUUUUUGGUACAAUUUCAAUGGAUUCUAAUAAUUCAAUUAGGCAUCAAAAAAUCCAAGCGCAGAACCCUUACGGUUUUACAUUUAUUAAUUAACCACCUUAAUAUCUAAUAUCAAUAGAACUCUGCUCUAAUUUUAUAACAAAAACAACAAACGUAGAGCGAUUUCUCACUCAAGUAGCAAUGCAUCGAAUUAAAAGCAAUAUUGAAAAUGCCGA